ACAUCUAACGUCACUUUAUUCACUUAUAUUUACUACUACAAUUGAUUUCUGUUAUUUAAUAUUGAAAUAAAGAAUUUAAAGGGAAUAUAAUAAACAAUAAUCAUGUCUCUUGCCGACGAGUUAUUAGCAGAUUUAGAAGAAAAUGAUGAUUCUAAUCGAAUGGUGGAAGAACCAGAACCUAAUUUUAUUCCCUCAAAUAUAUCCACAUCCAUUGAAGAAGAAGUAAAAGUUUCUUCUGUGAAAGAAUUAGCAAAACUUUGCGACUCAGAGCAAUUAAAAAAGAUUAUGCGUGAAAUAGAAAAAUACAGUAAAUUACCAAGAAAGUCAACAGAUAUCAUAGGCCCUGUUGAAUCUGAUCCAGAAUAUCAAUUAAUAGUUGAAGCUAAUAAUAUGUCAGUAGAUAUCGAUAAUGAAAUUGCUACAAUACAUCGAUUUACACGAGACAAAUAUUCAAAAAGAUUUCCAGAAUUGGAAUCAUUGGUAGUAGGACCUUUGGAAUAUGUUAUGACUAUACGAGAACUUGGAAAUGAUUUGGAUAAAGCGAAGAAUAACGAAACCCUACAACAAUUUCUUACACAAGCUACUAUUAUGGUUGUUUCUGUCACAGCUUCUACGACGCAAGGACAGUUGUUAAACGAAGAAGAAAAAGAAGCUAUAUGUGAAGCCUGCGAUAUGGCAGUAGAGUUAAAUAAUUGUAAAUUAAAAAUAUUUGAAUAUGUCGAAAGUAGAAUGGCCUUUAUUGCGCCAAAUCUUUCUGUAAUUGUUGGAGCAUCUACAGCUGCUAAAAUUAUGGGUAUUGCUGGAGGUUUGACAAAAUUAUCCAAAAUGCCAGCAUGCAACGUGUUAGUAUUGGGAUCUCAGAGAACUACACUUUCUGGUUUCUCGCAAAUGGCAAGUCUACCUCACACAGGAUUUAUAUAUUAUUCUGAUAUCGUUCAAGAUACACCACCAGAUUUGCGAAGAAAAGCAGCAAGAUUAGUCGCAUCGAAAGGAACAUUAGCUGCACGUGUGGAUGCUUGUCAUGAAAGUACGGAUGGUCAUAUUGGACAAUUAUUCCGUGAUGAGAUAGAAAAGAAAUUGGAUAAAUUACAAGAACCACCACCUGUCAAAUUUAUAAAACCUUUACCCAAACCUAUUGACCCAAGUAGAAAGAAGCGUGGUGGAAAGCGUGUUAGAAAAAUGAAGGAACGUUAUGCUAUCACGGAAUUUAGAAAACAUGCAAAUAGAAUGAAUUUUGCGGAUAUAGAAAACGAUGCUUAUCAGGAAGAUCUUGGAUAUUCCAGAGGUACAAUUGGAAAAGCAGGAACAGGACGUAUUAGAUUACCUCAAAUAGACGAAAAGACAAAAGUUAGAAUUUCGAAGACGUUACAAAAGAAUUUACAGAAACAACAACAAUGGGGUGGAAGUACAAGCGUUAAGAAACAAGUCUCAGGAACGGCUUCGAGUGUAGCAUUUACACCAUUGCAGGGUUUGGAAAUUGUUAAUCCACAAGCUGCAGAGAAGAAAGUAAACGAAGCUAAUGCUAAAUAUUUCUCCAAUACAGCUGGUUUCUUAAAAAUUAAGAAACCUUAAUAUAAAUUUUUAUCGUAUAUAUAAAUAUUUGUUAUAUAUAUAUAAAUGAAUCUAAAAGCAUUAAUUAAU